AUGAAGGUUAUUCAAGCUGACUUAUGCUAUUUGUCUUACGAUCAAAUUGAAAAUAAAAUUUAUAAAUUUGCACUUAAUUGUGUAGAUAUUGCUACUCGUAUAAAAUGGACCUAUCCCUUAACUAACCAUAUUAUAGUAGAAGGGGAUGUUGAAUUUCUGGGUGAUAUUAUUAGAUUAAUGAAUAAAUAUGAUAUCAAUAUUCUAAUAGGUAUUAUUGAAAAGUUUAAUAAGACAUUACAAGAAUGGUACAAUAAUAGUCUAAAAUACAAUAUUAAUCCUCCUAAUGACAAUUCCAAACAAAGUAUUGAUAAACUUUCUGAAUCUUCUGAAUAUAUUACUAAAGAAGACAAUAUUUCAGGUAGUAGUAGUAAUAGAAAUGAAUCAGAUGAUGAAGAAUCAGAGAUUACAAAACAUUUGAAAGUUAU